UCUUCUUGAUGAUGGAGAAGGAGGACCGAUUAGAGUUCUGCUUUCCACAACUCGUCAACAUCUCCUGCAGGAAGCCCACGUCUCAUUGGUCUGAUCGUGUUUUGCUAAAUGUUGUCCUGGGCAUCAUCUGUAUCUUCACUGUGGUUCUCAACUUGCUGGUCAUCAUCUCAAUCUCCCACUUCAGGCAGCUCCACACUCCCACCAACCUCCUCCUCCUCUCUCUCGCUGUCUCUGACUUUCUGGUGGGCCUCCUGGUAUGGCCUGGUGAGAUCUACAUGAGAACAUCCUGCUGGACUCUUGGAGAUGUUUUUUGUUCUCUUUGGUUCUACAUCACCGUCUCACUGACGUCUGUCUCAGUAGGAAACAUGGUGCUGAUAUCAGCUGACCGUUAUGUGGCUAUUUGUGAUCCUCUGCAUUAUAACACCAAAGUCACUGUGAAAAGGGUUCAGCUUUGUGUUUGUCUCUGUUGGUUCUUUUCUCUCCUCCUGUGUAGCAUCAUCUUGAAAGAUGGUCUGACUCAUCCUGGAAAGGCUAAUUCCUGCUAUGGAGAGUGUGUUAUUGGCAUUGACUUUGAAGGUGCGAUUGUUGACCUUGUAAUGGUCUUCAUCCUUCCUCUGGGCAUCAUCGUUACUCUGUACACGAGAGUGUUUGUGGUUGCUGUGUCUCAGGCCCGAGCCAUGCGUUCUCAUGUUACAUCAGUCAAACUACAACAUCCAGUCUCUGUCAGAGCAAAAACAUCAGAGUUGAAGGCAGCCAGGACUCUUGGUGUCCUGGUCCUUGUCUUUCUCAUGUGUCUCUGUCCAUAUUACAGCGUUUCUCUUGCAGGUGACAACAAAAUAAUGUAUUUAUUUGCAAACUAUGCUCCUUAUCUAUAUAAUUUCAACUCCUGUUUAAACCCGUUGAUCUAUGUCUUGUUCUAUCCCUGGUUUAGAAGAGCUGUUAGACGGGUUGUCACUCUGCACAUACUGCAGCCUUGCUCCUGGGGGGACAACAUACUGUAAAGAAAAGGUUUGCUUUCUUUCUAGAUGUAACAACAAACAAUAUGUAAAUUCAUUUAUUUGUUAUAUCUUUCAUCUGAGUAUUAAUGCUGAUGGUA